AUGAUAAGGCACGUUUUUUUGACGGGACCGCCAGGUGUGGGUAAAACCACUUUGGUCCAGAAGGCGUGUGAUGCGCUUGUGUCCUCGGGACAGGCAGUGGAAGGCUUUUACACGGAAGAGGUCAGGGUUGGAGGCCGCAGAGUGGGGUUUGAUGUGGUCACAUUGAAUGGAGAAAGAGGCCACCUGUCCAGAAUCAGAGACAUAGUGGGGGAGUCUCAUGGCAGAAGGGAGUACACAGUUGGACAGUACGUUGUGGAUUUACCUUCAUUUGAACGCUUGGCCCUCCCACUCUUCAAAAAGGUGGGCUCGGAUGAUGGGACCGGCAAGAAAGUUUUUGUCCUUGAUGAGAUUGGAAAAAUGGAGCUCUUCAGCCAGUCAUUCAUCAAGGUGGUGAGACAGACAUUAGACUGCUCUUCAUGCACCAUCUUGGGCACCAUCCCCAUUCCUAAAGGGAAACCGCUUGGCCUGGUGGAAGAGGUGCGGAUUAGGAGUGAUGUCAGGGUAUUCACUGUGUCAAGGGAAAACAGAAAUACCAUACUACAAGAUAUUUUAUCAGUACUUCACGAGUGUCUAAAAUAA